CUGUUUGUACUGGUUGGGAUGCAGCAGUGCUGAUAGAAAAUUCCAGUGGACCUGAUAAGCACCACCAUCGCCCUAAGGUUCAAAUCAGAGACCACAAAGAUCUGCCACCUAAAGGUAAUGAGAUUUUGCCCAAAACAGGUAUAAAUCACCAAUCUUGAAAGGCGUCAAAACAGCACCAGGACCAGUUGAUAAGACCUGCGCCCAUAGCCAAACAUGUCUGCAUCUACAAAUGAGUACGAGUUUACACCAACACAAGAUUGGUUUACCCAUAAUAUUCCAUCCUGGAAAAGCCUCUUCCCAUUCGUUACUUCGCCUAAGCCACGUAUCUUAGAGAUCGGGUCCUGGGAAGGGCGCUCCGCAGUAUUUCUGCUGACCACGCUCUGCGCUCAAGGCGGUGAGAUAGUCUGCAUCGACCAUUUCGACCUUAUGCAUACUCCUGCGGGACGUGAGCGCCACCGCAAGCUCUCGCAGAAUCUUCCACGGACAGGUCGCUCAUUUCGCAUACUCCCACAGUACAGCGUUCCCGCACUAUAUGCGCUUCUGGAAGAGGAGAUAGCACGGGGCACAAGCGCUGGAUUUGACUGGGUGUAUGUGGACGGAUCGCACCGCUCAGAUGAUACGCUCCUAGAUGCAGAACUUGCAUGGCGCCUUGCGCGCAACGGAUGUAUAUUCAUCUUCGAUGACUAUAAUUGGCCCGAGCAGCCCGUCGAAAGUAUGCAUCAUCCCCGCCGCGGAAUCGAUGCAUUCCUUGCACUUCAUGCAGGGGAGUACGAGCAUCUGUCCAAUACUGCAGAGCAAUACCAGAUGAUUUUGAGGAAGACCAGUGAAAUGCGAAUCGGAUUCCUCGUGGAGCAGAGUGCUGAGCGGGACUUCGCAAGCGCUCUAGGCUUAGGGAUCUAUUUGGUCCUCGCCAUCGACACCUCAUAUGCGAUGGCAGCCGCUGUCACGAUUCGCAGCGCCAUCGAGAAGACCGCGGGACGUAUGACAAUUUAUAUCGUAGACUGUGGUAUUUGUGCCGAAGACAAAGAAAAGAUCAAGUCGUCGCUUCCCAAACGACACGAUGUCACCCUAGUAUUCCUGGAUCUUCCAGCUGGGAGUCUAGCUGCAGAACUAGGCGUAGCUUGGGCGAAAGUUGAUAUGAUGAAGAUCCUGCCAGUGGAGCGGGCUUUAUACCUGGACGCAGACAUGCUGGUGCGCAGGAGCCUGGAAGAGUUGUGGAACACCGAUUUGGAGGGCUCCUCUAUUGGGGCAGCGAUGGAUGUUGGAUUCCCAAUGGGCCAUGAUGGCGUCUCACGAAGGCGGUACUUCAACGCAGGCAUGCUCCUGAUUGACCUGGCAAAGGCAAGAACGCAUCUGUCUGAGCUUGCGGCUCGGGUGCGUGAGAUGAAAGACGCUCGCUAUCGUGACCAAGACGUGCUGAAUGUGCACUUUGCUGGCGAUUGGGCCGAAGUGAACCUGAGCUGGAAUGCACAGGGACUCGGAACCUACGCAGAGAUUAGCUCAGCUGAUAGAGAUAUCCUAGCACUGGGAGACAUGAAGGAUCCUGGAGUCGUGCAUUUCACAGGACCAGUUCAUCCUAGUCUUGUGACGGUGCUCAAUCCAUUCGUGCAGCCUUACACAUCCAAGCCUUGGGGUUAUGCUGGCGCACCAGGACACCCGUUCAAAGACGAAUGGUGGGGCGCAUUGAACGAGACGGCAUGGGCAGGGUGGCAGGGAUCGACGCCAUACCAUGAGAUGUGUGAGGGAGAGAGACAGAAAGCGAUUCAAGAUUCAAUCAAGAAGUUCGAGACCCGAGUACAGUUCUAG